AAGGGCGGGAGAGAUUUCCCGUUACAUGAACAAUAUUGGAUCGUAAAAUCUAAAAGUGGAUCUUGGUGAUGUGAACUCUGUAAAAAUCUUGUUGGAUCCGCUAUGAAUCUCCUCGGAGAUAUUCACUUGAAACCAGUGAUUCUUGCUCAUACAUGUUCUUCAUACCAAAGGAAGCUAUGAAUACUUAUUGAGACUCGAGAAAAUGGCCAACGAAGAAAGCGCGACAUCCAACAUCACACAAGCCUUGACGAAUUUGUUUGAGGAAAUGUUGUUUGCGACCGAAAGCACGGACGGGAAUAAGACUAUUAAUAUGUCACAAUUUCUCUCGGCUCUGAAGGAACGCUCGACGAAAACUCACCACGAGUCAAUUGAUUUUGGCACAUUGGUUAAAUUAGUGGACGGAUGGCGCUCGAAAUUGAACUUGACAAAGGCCGCAGAACCGAGCUGCAAUUAUUGCGAUGGCAACCUACGCGACUUGAUCCUGGCAUACAAUAGCAUACAUGGAUACAUCAGUCUCAUUGUUUGUUUCUUCGGUUCACUAGCAAACGCGUUGAACGUAGCGGUGCUGACUCGGCGCGACCUCGCUGCAGCGCCGAUCAACAGAUUGCUGAAGUGGCUGGCCGUGGCUGAUGUGUUCGUUAUGAUGGAGUAUGUGCCCUUUGCGAUUUAUAGAUAUUUGAUAUUACCCGGGCAACGUGAGAUGCCCUACAAGUGGGCGGCAUAUCUCCUGUUCCACAUGCAUUUCGCACAGAUUUUUCACACGGCGUCCAUUUGUCUGACACUUUCCCUCGCUAUCUGGAGAUACGUGGCUAUAAAGUAUUCGGACAGGAGUCAUGUACUAUGUACAGAGCGACGAUGUAGCACAGCUAUCCUCAGCAGCUUUAUAUUACCGCCCCUUCUAUGUAUCCCCACAUUCCUGGUAUUCGAUAUUCACACAGCGGUUGUGCUAGAACCAAAUGGUCCCAUGAUACUUUAUCACGUAGAUUCCGAUGAAGAAGGUCAAUUAUUCAAGAUAAACUUUUGGGUCCAUGCCGUCGUAAUCAAAUUGCUACCCUGCUGUAUUCUGACGGUCAUUAGCAUCUGGCUAAUAAGAGAGGUCUACAACGCCAAUGAGCAUCAAAAGAGGAUCCGUAUAAACAAUGCAUGCGCUAAUGACAAGUCUAUAAAACGUCAGUGCAAAGGCGACAAGAGAACAAACAGAACCACGAAAAUGCUAGUGGCUGUACUGCUUUUGUUCCUCGUGACGGAGCUACCACAAGCGAUUUUGGGUCUUAUGAGCGGGGCUUUAGGACGAUGUUUCUUCAAGCGGUGCUACGAUCUGUUUGGCGAGCUGAUGGAUGCAUUGGCACUACUGAACGGGGCCAUUAACUUUGUUCUGUAUUGUUCAAUGUCGAGGCAGUUCCGAAUGACUUUUCGUCAGUUGAUGUGGCGCGCGCAUUUACAUAGGUGGCCGCCACCGCAGCCAUCUCACUCGGAUGGAUUGAAUACAGCGAAAACUUCGGUUCCGUGAGAGAAGAUCGUACAAGAGAAACAUGCAUACGUCUUGCAGCAAUUUGUCUAAAUAACUGUAUAUAAUUUGAGAUAGGGUAUCUUAAAAUUCGUCCUAUAAGUAUUUAAUACGUUUAGAAAAUAAUCUGCUAUUAGAUCUCACGUAAUAUAUACAUAAGACGUUAAAUAAUUCAGUUUUAUAUAACUUUUGCUAAACACUUCAAAGAUGCGUAAUGAAGCUGAUUACGCUUACAGAGA